UGAAGCUGUGAUAAGACAGAGGAGAAGUGGGGGUACAGCUGACCAACCAACACAUUUCACUCUCAGUCGUCCUCCUGGGAAGAUUAAAAUGAGGGUUGAAAUCGUAUCAAUGUUGGUAUACCUUAUGGCGGGCAAAGAUCAGGUGCUAUCUGUUCCUCCUGAGCCUAGGCGAAGUGCAGUGACGCACGAGGACAUCCGGGACGCCAUCAUCUCCUUGGUGCACCUCCUCCAGGCCACGACGCAGAAGCUGGAGCGCCACGAGCUGAGGGAGAGACAGCUCGGCGACCAGCUGAGGAAGGCUCUUGGAGGUCUCGACACCAGGGAGCGGUCCCAGGACACUGCCAUCGCCGCCGUCAGUGCUGCUCUCGUCAGGGUAGAGGAGAAGUUGGCCAAGAUCCAAGGCGAGCUCGACCAGAAGAAUGAACGAGAAAAAGGAUCUUACGUCAUUGACACAGUUCCCCUGCAGUCAUGGAUGUCUAAUGUAGAAGGCAUGCUCAACAAACAGGCACCGUCUACAGAUCUCGUUGUAAGCAAGGACCAAGUAGAAAAGAUGGAGUCGACUGUGAAUGGUAAAAUAGAGAUAUUAGCUUCAAUGGUAGGAAGGAUAGAAACUCAGUUGUUGGAUUCCUUAAACCAGUUACAGGAAGCUGUUAGCAAUGACGGGCUCUAUAGUAAACUCGAAUCUCAGCUAGGAGUGCAAGAGAAAUGGCAUAAUACCGUGAUCGGUAAGCUCGAGCAGCUAGAAUCAAACAACGAAUUAUUGCUCUCCAAUAACAAACAUGAAGUCGACAACUAUACCAAAGAGGAGUUGGCUAAAAUAAAGAAUGGUAUAGAUUACUUGGGUUCAGACAAACUCAUGAAUAUAGACGCCAAAUUACAAGAAAUUAUGAGAUCCACUAACCAAUUACAAAAUGUCUAUAAAACGAGUCAAGAUUUGAAAGACUCUUUCAAGGAUUAUUUCAGUCAAGCCAAAACCUCUCAGGAUGAACUCUCUUCCGAUGUAAAGUCGCUGACAAAGGCUGAGCAAGUUCUGAUUCAAACUGCCGACAACGUACUUGACACGAGAAAGAGGGUAGAAUAUGGUGUACAAGAAAUACUGCUAGGAAUAGGAGAGCUUGUCAAAUCUGAAACCAAAGAGCUAAACAACACUGUCAAUAACAGAUUCAACGAUAUUUCCGAAACUAUCCUCGAGAACCAAAAUGGAGGAGUGUUCAAUCUGAGCUCUAAGAUUGACCACGAGAUCAGUCAAGUAUGGCGACAAAUUGGAAUCAUGUACCAACAACUGACUAACUCCGCCAACGCUCUGUCGAAACUGCAAGUGCAAACCGAGCAAUAUCUGAAUGGAAGUCUCAACACGAUGGACAGUAUGGACGGCCGGGUGGUAGAGAUCACUGGAAGGGUUUCCGACGUGAAGGAAAAUCUCAACUACUUGAUGGGCAGGCUGCUCCUCGUCACUCAAGAGUUCAACCAAACGAAAGGGGACCUUGCCACUGCCUUCGAUAACCUGAGGAACACCUUCAAAACGGUUCGCCAAGAGGUCAAGGACCUAGGACCUGGCCCGAUACCUAUUGAAGAUGAAGACAACAAACUCUAACUCAAUCCAAGUAUCUAAAGCCAUUAUUUUCAUUUUUGGAAAUGAGGAUGCAGUCUCUAAGAUUUGAGUUAGCCUCUUAGCUUCGGAUGAGCCCAAUGCUCAUGAUAAUCGUCGCUACCAGGCCAGCUCUCAGCUGUUCAAAGCAAGUUGUUUAAUAUUUAUUUAUUUUGUAUCACUUUAAUCAUCUUUCAUAGCAAAAAAAUGUAACAAAUCUGAGAUCUGAUCAAAACAGAAGUCGCUCUAAGAUAGUUGUUAUCAUUAAAGCCAAAUAAAUUUUACAAGUUUCUUUUUUA